AUGAUCACGGGAAUACUCCUCUUCGUGACUCCCAAUGAUGGCUUAGACAUCGAAUUUCUUGUUCCCAUUGUGAACGAUCAGCCAAAUCGGUUCAUUCUCGAGUCACUCAAUUGCAAGAACUCCCAAGUGCUUAGGCGCCAGAGACAGGAGUUCUCGAAAGUCCUGGAGCGCACAAAGCUCCAGCUGUUCUGCUUGUACGAGACAGAACUAUCACCAACAGCUACUCAGGAACCAGCAACCGGACGAUGGAAGCUGGACGGUCCGGCCCGAUUCCUCGUCAGCCAGCCUUCUGCAACUAGCUAUUUAGUCAAAUUCUCGUCCCACGAUGCCGAGUACGAAAGCGUUGCCUACAUCCUGAAGCAGAUGCAAGAAAUGUCUACCCGCUAUAGAAUCCAAGAGAAGGAGUUCCAAAUUCCUCAGGUCAUACGGGACCCGCAAAAGCGAAACUCGGUUAACGGUCAACAAAGAAGUCUGACUGGAGAAAAGCAGGUCAACAACUCGGCCAAGAGACCCGCUGACGAGAUGCUUCCGUUCCCGGUUGGGAAGUUGCCUCGGCUGACCAGCCAUUCACCGGAAAACUGCCAUCCACAAGCCGCCGACGACCACGCCUUACGCGAUUCAGUGUCAUGCGAUGGGAUGAGGAAUAUCAAACAGGAACUCAUACAUCAACUCUACUUCUCCAAGAUUGAUGAGCGCCUGACACACUUAACGCCUGCCCAAGGAACGACCUGCCGUUGGUUCCUCGCCGACUCCAAGUACAAAUCUUGGCAAUAUGUGGCACAAAUACCAGAGCACGGUGGCUUCCUUUGGAUCAAAGGCAAUCCAGGCACCGGAAAAUCAACUUUGAUGAAACACCUCUUCGAAGAGACCAAAGUCAACUUAAAGGACGAUCCGUCGCGAAUAACUCUGUCGUUCUUCUUUCUUGCCCGAGGCACGGCCGAGGAGAAGAAUACGAUGGGUCUUUACCGCUCUCUUCUUCAUCAGCUCUUCGGAAUAGCAUCGGAUCUCAAAGACAGUCUGGAGUGGAUGACAGUUGAUGGUGCCAGAACGAUCCAAAGGAAUGAGUGGUCCGAGCAAGCGUUGAAGCAAACGUUGAAGUAUGCUGUUCCCAAACUUGGGAAUCGGUCUUUGACGAUGUUCGUUGAUGCGCUGGAUGAGUGCGAUGAAAGCAAGGCCGAUGACGUGGUCUCUUUUUUUGAAGAGCUGUGUGACUACGCAGCGGAAACGAGGGUUCAGAUGCAGAUCUGCUUUUCCAGUCGUUAUUAUCCGACUGUCGUCAUCAAGAAGGGCAUCGAAGUUAGCUUGGAAGACGAGAUCGGGCAUACGGAGGAUACCCGGAAAUAUGUCAAGUCGAGGCUGAGACUUAAAUCAAAGUCCAAGCACGUCGAGGCACUCCGCUCCGAAAUCCUGGGCAAGUCUUCCGGAAUAUUCCUUUGGGUCGUCCUGGUUCUUCAUAUGCUCAACAAUGACAAAUCCAUCUCCAUCCAGAAGCUACGCGAACAGAACCUCGAACAGCUGCAGCUUUGUCUCAACUGGAUUCUCUUCGCAAGCCGUGCUCUUAAGCCCCAGGAGCUCUACUUCGCCAUCCAGCUUGGUUCCGACAAGAAGUGCUCGGGCUUUUGGGACAAAGCAGAUUUGGACUUGGACGAUAUGAAGACUUUUGUGAGAAGUUUUUCCAAAGGCCUGGCUGAAGUGACGCGGAACAAGGCCUCCGAAGUCCAAUUUAUCCACGAGGCCAUGGGCACCAAGUUUUGA